AUGUGUCUAUCCUUUCAAUGUGUCUAUUCUUUCAAUGUCUAUUCUUUUAAUGCGUCUAUCCUUUCCUUAUCCUUUCAAUGUGCCCAUCUAUCCUUUCAAUGUGCCUAUCCUGCCUAUCCUUUCAAUGUAGCUAUCCUUUCAAUGUGUCUAUUCUUAUAUCCUCAAUCCUCAAUGUCCUUUCAAUGUAUAUCCUUUCAAUGUGCCUAUCCUUUCAAUGUGUCUAUCCUUUAUCUAUCUUUCAAUGUGUCUAUUCUUUUUCAAUGUGUCUAUUCUUUUCAAUGUGCCUAUCCUUUCAAUGUGUCUAUCCUUUCAAUGUCUAUCUAUCCUUUCAAUGUCCAUCCCUAUCCUAUUCUUUCAAUGUGUCUAUCCUUUCAAUGUGUCUAUCCUUUCAAUGUGUCUAUCCUUUCAAUGUGUCUAUCCUUUCAAUGUGCCUAUCCUUUCAAUGUGUCUAUCCUUUCAAUGUGUCUAUCCUUUCAAUGUGCCUAUUCUUCCUAUUUCAAUGUCUAUGUAUCCUAUCCUUUCAAUGUGUCUAUCCUUUCAAUGUGUCUAUCCUUCCAAUGUGUCUAUCCUUUCAAUGUGACUAUCCUUUCAAUGUGUCUAUCCUUUCAAUGUGUCUAUCCUUUCAACUGUCAUUGA